AUGCUCCGUUCAUCUGCCUCGAAAUCGCUCUUGCGAUCAGUACCCUGGCUUGGGAAAUCGCCUUCAAUACCUCGAGGUGUUUUCAAAAGAUCUUUUGCCUCAACAGUUCAAUCUACCGAGAGUCGAGACCCCGCAGAGCUCGACGAGAUCACAACACUACCAAAUGGACUCCGAAUAGCCACUGAAGCCCUUCCCGGUCAUUUUUCGGGAUUGGGUGUCUACAUCGAUGCUGGAUCACGCUACGAAACAGAUCGCCUAAGGGGUGUAAGCCACAUCAUUGACCGGCUUGCCUUCAAGGGUACAACCAAAAGGUCUUCUGACAAGAUGCUUGAGAUCCUCGAUUCACUCGGCGGCCAUGUUCAAUGCGCCUCUGCUCGCGAAUCUCUCAUGUACCAGUCUGCGGUCUUCAAUAAGGAUGUCUCAAGCAUGGUUGGAAUUCUUGCUGAAACGAUUCGGGACCCGUUAAUUGGCGACGCGGAGGUGUCGCAGCAAUUGGAGACGGCCCAGUAUGAAAUCGGAGAGAUAUGGUCGAGGCCUGAGAUGAUAUUGCCGGAGCUUAUGCAUAUUGCGGCAUAUAAAGAUAACACUCUAGGGAACCCGCUGCUAUGUCCGGAAGAUCAAUUGACAAAGAUUGAUAGAAAUGUUAUUCAGGAAUAUAGAAGUAUGUUUUAUCGUCCGGAGAGGAUAGUGCUGGCCUUUGCAGGCGUGGACCACAAAACAGCUGUAUCUCUCGGAGAGAAGUACUUUGGCGAUAUGAAAGCCGAAUCAAUAUCUACCAAGCCCCUCUCACCGCCAUCAGCCACCUCCAGCAUUCUCUCAAAAAUCCCACUCGUGAAGAAUCUCUCCACCAGCGCAUCAAACUCCGCAGAAGCCUUGUCUUCAUCAGGCAUUUCGCCACCCGGGACUGCCCCAUCACACUACACUGGCGGUAUUGUCUCUCUACCCCCAUUCGACGGACCCACCCAUCUUCCCACAUUUACGCACAUCCAUAUCGCCUUCGAAGGACUUGGGAUAGCAGACCCAGACAUCUACGCCCUCGCCACACUUCAAACCUUGCUCGGUGGUGGCGGCUCCUUCUCUGCCGGUGGCCCUGGGAAGGGCAUGUACUCACGUCUUUUCACCAAUGUCCUCAACCAGCAUGGAUGGAUUGAGUCCUGUGUUGCCUUUAACCAUGGUUAUAGCGACUCUGGUCUUUUUGGUAUCGCGGCAUCAUGUCGUCCUGGCGCCGGGCACGCCCUCGUUGACGUUAUUCUAAGAGAGUUUGCGUCAACGUUCACAACCUCUGGGUUUUCGGGGCUAAAGAAGGCUGAGGUAGAUCGUGCAAAGAAGCAGCUGAAGAGCUCGCUGCUCAUGAACCUGGAGAGUCGGAUGGUAGAACUUGAGGACCUAGGACGACAGGUGCAGGUCCAUGGGAAGAAGGUCGGCGUAUUAGAGAUGUGUAGGAAGAUUGAGGCUUUGGAGGUCGCAGACUUGAGGAGGGUAGCGGAAAGGGUGCUUUCGGGCAAAGUCAAUAAUAAGGGAAAUGGUACAGGGAAGCCAACGAUUGUGGUGCAGGCCUCGGCGGAUGAGAUUAGCAAGAUUGGGGAUUUGGGGGCGACGGUCAAGAGGUACAAGCUUGGAAGAUAG